AUGUCCCGUUGCGGCGGGAGCCCCUCUCUCCACGACAGCUUCGUGAGUGGUACGCUUGGCACUGUAGCCGUGCUGCUGGAGCUGGGGGGCCUACUGCAGGAGGUACUGCUGGUGCUGGAGCUGCUGGAGGUGCUGCUGGUGCUGGAGCUGCUGGAGGUGCUGCUGGUGCUGGAGCUGCUGGAGGUACUGCUGGAGCUGGAGCUACUGGAGGUGCUGCUGGUGCUGGAGCUGCUGGAGGUACUGCUGGUGCUGGAGCUGCUGGAGGUGCUACCAGUGCUGGAGCUGCUGGAGGUGCUGCUGGUGCUGGAGCUGCUGGGGCCGCUGGCCCUGGAGGUGCUCGUACUGGAGUUUCUAGAGCUACUGGGACUGGAGCUGCUGCGGGAGUUGGAGCUGGAGGUGCUGGAGCUGCUGGAGCUACUGUCACAGUUACAGCCUGCCUCGCCACUCCCUGGUCCUUCUCCCUACACUGGUCCGACCAGAGGUCUUACGGAGCGUCGUGAGCCUGAGUCUCGUCCUGCGUCGCCUGAGUCUCGUCGUGCGUCGCCUGUUCGUGCUGCUCGCACUGGUCGUCGUGUUCCGCGUCAGCGUCCUCCUGCUGUCCCAGGCACACACCAGAUGGCGCUUCGUCCUUCCACUGCUCCACAGCGUGUCCCUCUGCCGUCUCCUCCUGCGUCCUCUCUUCCUGCUCUUGCUGACCCGGAGUCUGACUCCCUUCGUGCUGCUAGUCCUACUGUCACGCGUUUCCUGGCCACUGUUGGCACUGACCCUUCCUUUGAGUCCACUGCUGCAUCUGCCUUAGUUGCUGAGCUUGUUAACUUUGCUGCUCACUGUCGUCUCGACUACGCUGCUAGUCUUGUUGCUGAGUCUGAGUCUGCCUGUCCUCCGUCUGUUGGGGGUGAGUGUGCUCUUGGCACAGACGUCCUUGAGGACAGACAGGAGGAGUUUGAGUGCUUUGCCACUGCUUUACCUCAUCUCGUGUCCAUGCUGAUUGCCCCUGAGGGAGACCCGGAUGCCCCAGACAUCCCGGCCCCGCGCUCUUACGCAUCGGCGAUAGAGGGUCCCUACUCCUCUCAGUGGCAGUCACCCACGGACGCAGAGAUGGCUUCCUUGAAGUCCACAGGCACCUACGUUGACGAGGUUCCCCCGCCUGGGGCGAACAUUGUUAGUGGCAUGUGGAUUUUCAGGGUGAAGCGGCCGCCGGGUUCUCCGCCUGUCUUCAAGGCGUGA